AUGGCAGGGGAUAAGAGAAAACGUGUACAAGAGACUGAGGUGGACUCUGAGGGAAACGAGGAGGAAACCAGCUUAAAAAAGAAUUCUGUAGAAGUUGAUGUAGAGGAAGACGACUUUGAUGGAUUACCAUCAGAAGAAGAGGAGUUAGAUGAUAUUGAUGAUGAUGAGGAUGAUGAUGAUGAAGAAGAAGAUGAUGAUGAUGACGAGGAAGAAGAUGAACAAGAACCAACUCAAGGUGGAGAUGAAGAUGCUGAUGACGACGAUGAUGAUGAGGAAGAAGAAGAUGAGGAGGAGGAGGAGGAUGAUGAUGAAGAAUAA